UGUUGAAAAUGCCACAGAUAAUCGCUUCCUCCUUCCUCCUCACCGGCUCCCUCGAUGAGACCGUCAAGCUCUGGAAAUCUGACGAGCUUGACUUGGACCGCACCAACACCGGCCACUGCCUUGGCGUCGUCUCUGUUGUUGCUCGUCCUUCCGGUUACGUUGCUGCCUCCGCUUCUCUCGAUAGCUUUGUUCGCGUAUUUGAGGUUGGUUCCAAUUCCACUAUCGCCACUCUUGAGGCGCCGCCGUCUGAGGUCUGGCAAAUGCGGUUUAAUCCCGAGCAGUAACUUCUGCGUCAGGGUACCAUGUCAUGAGACAGAUACAAUCACAUGGCAACUGGCUGCAACUCUAUCAAUUCCUCGUCCAGAAGGACCUAAACCCACUGAUAAAACUGUUUGCAAAAAUCUGUACUUGCAGUAUCAUGGAGCGUUGAUGGAAGAAGACUUGCUUGCGGUUUAAUGGAUGGAACCAUUUCAGUCUUAGACGUAGCUCGCUCAAAGUUUCUACACCACUUGGAAGGCCACUUCAUGCCAGUGAGAUCCCCACCGCCGCUAGUAGAUAUUGUUUUCUUUGGACUUUUCUUCAAGGUUUUUAAAAAGCAGGUUUCUCAUAUUGGUCAUGGGCUGAGAACGGGAAUUGAAUUCUCUGAAACCUAAUUUAUUGUUGUUUCUCAGUAGCUCAGUGGUAGAGAGGUCGGCUGUUAACCGAUUGGCCGUAGGUUCGAAUCCUAUUUGGGUAGAUUUGAUUCAUUCCGAAUUGAAAAGGUUCGCUUUGACCGUCAAGAGUAGGGAUAACCCAUUCGGUUCCCUAUGUCUUUGUUUCUGUUGCAUUCUAUCUUAUCGUAUCAAAUUUUGUUCUGCCAUAUUUGAGAAUCAUCGUAGUCUGGUCUAUUUACAAGCUAGGAAGAGAGAUCGCCAUGUCCGGCCAUUCAAGUGUGGGGUGUUGAGUGUUGAUGCAAGCCCUGAUGGUGCUCUUGCAACAGGUUCAAGCGACAGAACUGUUAUGCUUUGGGAUCUUAAAACGAGGGAGGCUGUUCAAACAAUGAUUAAGCAUAGCGAUCAGGUCUGCUGGGGUGUUGUUGCAUUCCGACCGCAUGAUGGGGCUGGUGUGGAGGCUGGGCGACAUGCUAGUGUAUCCGAUGACAAGAGCAUCUCCCUGUACGAUUACAUUUGAAUCCGACAGAUGCAGGGAGGCAAGGACAAUGAGUAGUUUUCUAGAAAGCAAUCGGUGCCACCGCUUCAUCCAUAGCUGUUGCCCACACUAAUAUUCGUUCUACUUCUAUGUCAAGUUGCUUGUCUUUUUAGUCAUGAAUCAGCGACAUUAUUCUGUUGCCAACUUGUUAUCAGCGUUCAUUUGCUACCUAGAUUUGGAAUCAAGGGCAAUGGACCCCAAAUUUUAUUACAGGAGAAAGAAGCGCACCAAAACUUUGAAGCCAGACUGAAUAAUAAAAAGGGCUAUACGACAGGUUAAUACA